AUGAAUGUGAUCUGUACGGCUACAUCUAGGAGUCUAGUUCGUCCGGUAGUGGGUCUGCGACCGCGCGCCGGAGGAGUCUCCCCGGUUGCAACCCGAGGCUUACAUGUUACCAGCAUCUCCAACAAAAAGAAGCGGUCUACUCAGAACGAUGGUGAUGCGGAUGAUUUUGAUAAUGACGAAGAUCUUUUUGCCAGUCCUAGUCAGGGCCAACCCGAGGCAAAAGGCACUAGGCCUGUAGCAAAAGGCUACGCGGAGAAGCUUGAAUCGCGGCGUUCGGAUAGGUUUCAAUUGGCCAAGGCGACACUUAUGGACCAUCCUGCGUUUGCAGAGGCCUAUACCCAGUAUCAUGCAGACAGGGGAAGUAACUCAUCCUCUGCACGAAGUCAAAUAAAUACUAGACGUUUGGAGUGGAUGAAAAAUCCUAAGAGAGCUCUCCUUGUGAAGAUGAUCACUCUCGCAGGUACUCGUGCAGAGCUUCUCGAAUUUAUUGAUAUAUUCAAGAUUUAUCGUCAAAAGGGUUGGCACAUUGAUGAUCUCGCUCGGAUUGAUUUCAUAGGCAGAUGCAUUCAUCUGAAAUCACCGGAUAUUGCUCUCGCUCUCUUGUACCACCGGCCCAUUUUUGGUUUCGAUAUCCCAUCCCUCACUUCGGCACGUGCGCUUAUGAAAAGCUUGCUUUCUGCGCCUUGUCCACCUCUUGAUGCUGAUAAAGCGCCUCUUCCUGAAGAUAUUGCACUGCCGACCGAAACGCCGCUCACGCACGCCCUAUUAUUGGCCAAUUUAUUCGACAUGUAUGCGCUUCCGCCUGCGGAAAAGGACAGUGUGGCACGAGCACUGUUAUUAGGAGCGAGCGCAGGGGAAUUGAAGGCAGGAUCCGAUACUGAAAAUGCGAAUACGAUCAUUGAGCGGAUACAGGCGGUAACUGAAAGUCCAAGCACAACCCCUGAAGGCCCCACACUAGAUAAUCAGAAUCCGAAAGUGAAGGACGGAAAACUUGUUGCAACGUCUCAAGCCCUCAAGGAACGGGGGAAGUCUACCUCUGAAGCCGCCAAGGCAUGGACUGCACCGCUUUACACCGACCAAUUGACCACUUCUGAGCGUACUUGGAUCAAUCGCCGCCUGGACCAAUUCGUAAGGUGGUCCCAAAAGCAGGGGCAGGACGUGGCCUGGGUGGAUAAACUAAGGGUUGCUUGA